GCGGAGAUCAACACGGCCGAGACGAACACGGCCGGCAGCUCUCCCCUCCUCAUCGGUGCCCUCAUGGGGUGCCUGGGCUUCUCUGUCGUGGCGCUGUCGUGGAGCGGCUCCUCGGCCAGCAAGACUGGCCCCGACAAGGUCGACGGCCAGAAGCGCUCGAGGCGCGCCAAGGAGAACGAGGUCAUGGCACUGACUGGCAGCACUCAGAUCUUCUUCUUCUUCUUCUACUUCGUCGCAAUGGUCGGCUUGUGCGGCGUGGCCUACGAGGCCUUGAACACUCGGGGGCGCGGCGCCAUGUCGGGUCUCCUACCCGUCAACAGCAUCGUGCCCGACUCGUGUGCGGCCGACGCAGCUUGGCAGGCCCGGAGGCUGGUCGAGACGGGCCUCGUCGGCGCGGGAGCCUUGCGGCUCGGGCGAGUCGCCUCGCUCGAGCCAUCCGCCGCCCAACUCCGCGUGGCCGCCGCUGCGCUGCUCGUGGGCAGGGCGGCCGCGUCGUCGCCCUCUCCGACGCCUCUUUUACCCUACAACAACGAGACGGGAUGGUUGACGCUCUGGAGCAGGACCGGCGACCAGGGCAACGAAUGGCGCGACGCGGCGGUCGCCCUGCCCGCCUCGGCGACUCAGGACCGAUUCAACAGCCGCACGGGGUCGGGCUACAGGUCGGACAUGGCGCUGAACGACGUCUCCUUCUCGCAGCUUGCGCCUUCAGCGUCGCCGCAGCUGCCGCCGCUCACUCCGCCGCCGCCUCUGUCGCCGCCGCCUACCUACGCCGCAAGCACCUUCACCGAGCUCCGCGGCGCGGUCAACAACCAAACCGGCAGGCCUGGCGCCCUCGUCGUCGAGCUGCCAGAGGGAGCCCGCCUCGAGUGGGCCGUCUGCUCGCAGCUUCGCGUGCACGUCGCGCACAUGACGCUGCGGAGCGUGGGCGCCGGCGCGACCCUCGACGCCAGGGGCUGCUCCCGCCACUUUGACGUCGCCUUUGGCGGCACGCUCGAGCUCGAGCGCGUGCACCUCAUCAACGGCGGCGCUCAGGCGAGCGGCGGGGCGGUCAAGGUGCGGCACGGCGGGACUUUGAUUGCGACUGAGUCGUCGGUCGAGGACUCGAGCGUGGUCUCGCUCGACGGCGCGGCGUACGGCGGCGCCAUCGACGCUUCGAACGAGAUGGCGAUUGACAAG